AUGCGGGCGGAGGCGGAGAGGCUCCGGACUUUCGACGGGUGGCCCGCGGACGCGCCCGUCACGCCCGGGGAGCUGGCCAAGGCGGGCUUCUUCUUCCUGGGCCCCGGGGACAAGGUGCAGUGCUUCUGCUGCGCCGGGGUUUUGAGGUGCUGGGUGCGGGGCGACAGCCCGGCCGCGGAGCACCGGCGACACUUCCCCGCCUGCGGCCACGCGCUGGGCCGGGCCGCGGGCGACGUGCCGCUCCGAGUCGGGUCCUCCGACUCCGUGGACGGCCAGCUGUUGAGUCAGCUCCAGAGGAUGACGAUGGACGACCAGGGGGCCGCCGGGCACGCCGUCUACCCGGAGAUGGAGGCGGAGGACUCCCGGCUCACCACCUUCCACAACUGGCCCACGGAGGCCUCCGUCCAGCCAGAUGUUCUCGCCCGAGCAGGGUUCUUCUACACAGGUCACGGCGACAACGUCAAGUGCUUCCACUGCGACGGAGGGCUGAGGAACUGGGAGCCGGGAGACGACCCCUGGCAGGAGCACGCCAAGUGGUUUCCACGGUGUGAGUUUCUGAUCCAGGAGAGAGGGCAGGAUUACAUCAGCGACAUCCAGGACUCUCAUUUCCACCUGGGCGACACCGUGGGCGGAUCACAGACCUCCACGGGCAGAGACAUCGUCCCAGAUGUGGUCGCCGGUCUGGGGGCGUCGUCGGUCAUGCUGUCCCCCGUGGUGCAGACGGCGCUGCAGAUGGGCUUCGAGGCCGGCCUGGUGGAGAGCCUGGUCCAGACCAAGUACCUGUUGACGGGUCAGCACUACACCUCCGUGUCGGACCUGGUCACCGACGUGCUGCAGGCGGAGCAGGAGGAGCGGCAGAGGGCGUCGCAGGGCGGAGAUCCAGAGUCGAGGCAGGGCUCCAGCGCCGCGACCGUGAGGACACCAACACCGAUCAGAGAGAAAGCGAAGGAGCCGAGUCCCGAGGAGCUGCUGCGCCAGCUGCAGGAGGAGAGGACCUGCAAGGUGUGCAUGGACAAGCUGGUGUCCAUCGUCUUCAUCCCCUGCGGCCACCUGGUGGUGUGCGGCGACUGCGCGGCCAGCCUGCGCCACUGCCCCAUCUGCAGGGCCGUGAUCCGGGGCAGCGUCCGGGCCUUCAUGUCCUGA